AUGUCCACCGAUAUUUCAGAUUGUGAAAGUGAAUGCGGUCCUGCGCGGGAAAAGGACCUGAUAUUUAAGAAAAAGUACAUCUCGUACAAGAAGAAGGCAUGCAAGUUGAAGGCUGAGCUCAAGGAGGCGCUCGAGCGAAUUGACGUGUUGGUGAAACAGAAACAAGAAUACUAUGACGAGCUACAGACACUCAAGGGUGCCAUUUCUGUUUAUAACGAGCAGAAGCGGAUACCCUAUUUCUCCGAUUUGUCUCAUAACAACGAUGGCGAUGAGGAGUUUACCGAUGACAUAGAGAAAUUUGACAAGGUUAGGUACAAUGACGACAUGAACGUUAGGCUUCCCAGUUGGGAGGCGAAGAAGAUGAGGGAGGCAAAUACACAAGGAACUGAGCUGGCUGGUACAAUGUCUGAAAAGAACAAGCGAAAGAGCGUGACUGCAAGCGAUGACAGUUAUUCCCAUAUUUAUAGCGAUAACGUGAAUCAGCCCCGAGUGUAUGUAGACAAGGCGAGUAGUAGGUUGUGGGGUAUACCAUCUCGAAAAUAUAGUACCGCAAGAAAUCUCAAAAGGGAACUUAUGGCUGAGGAGAGUUUGAAGCCGGUCAAACAGGAGGCGUCAGAGGUGCCAGAGACGGUUGAAAGAAAGGACAAGAUAUCCGAGAAUCAUGAUGAUGCGGAUGCAGACGUUCCGAAGUUGGCUUCUAGAUCGAGUUCCCACAACUUGCUAAGUCUCAAGAGGCCGGCAUCAGUGUCUCCAGAGUUGACAUCUAAACCAGACGUACCAAAUCUUUUACCUAAGGUACCUGAGGGAUCGGUGCUGUCUGAGGAUCAUCAACAUCAGAAAGUUUCUGAUACAGACGAAUAUUAUUAUGCUAUGCACAAUCGAACUCCAGAAGAUCAGCCUACUAUUUUCGAUGAAGGGACAGUACGCGAUAUUUUGUGUGGUCUUGGAAUUACAAGUUCUCGUCAUUUUGAUGAUUCAUUGUUGAUUCCGGACGACUAUUCAUAUUCUUAUCAGUUCAAAGUCAAUCGAACGCCCCAAAAGUUGUUAAAAUUCAAGGAUUUUGCACCCAAAGUUUUUCAUCAGAUUCGCCAGCACUGGAAUGUUACGAGCGCCGAUAUCUUGCUCAGUUUCCGCUAUGACAAUUUAGAUGCCAUUCGCGGAGAGGGAAAGAGCGGCGCAUUUUUCAUCUUCACACGAGACAAGCGUUUUAUCUUGAAAACGGCGACUGGUCCAGAGCGCAAUUUUUUGUGGGAAAUUCUUCCUUUUUACUUUUUGUACAUUCGCAAGAAUCCCAAUACUUGUCUGCCCAGAUUUUACGGCGUGUACUCGAUGAAGCACGAGGGCAUUGGCGGGAUGGUGCGCUUCGUCAUCAUGAACAACUGCUUUGACUCCUUGAAGCCAGUAGAGACAUAUGAUUUGAAGGGGUCGACAGUCGGCCGUCGAACAGUUGAUCCGAAGCCUGGAGACAUUCUGAAGGAUUUAGACAUCAGGCGCAAGUUCUAUUUCGAAGAAGGAAUGCGAAAAACGUUCUUAAAACAACUGCAGCUGGACGCCACUUUUUUGGCCGAGCACAACGUCAUGGAUUACUCUCUGCUCGUGGGAAUCUACUACGAUUCAACGGGCAAAGAAAGCGCCUUUAAGAGCCACAAAGGACGUUUCAGGAACAGGGAUGAGGGAUUUAGGUCGAAAUUCCAAGAAGAGUACGGCGGAAUACCUGGAGUAAAUCCGGAGACAGGCGAAAAAGAAAUUUAUUAUUGUGGCAUUAUCGAUAUUUUGCAGAGGUACAAUGGCAGAAAAAAACUGGAGCAUUUUUUCAAGUCGAUUCCUUAUAAUCCAGAUACGAUUUCGAUUGUCGAGCCUGUUUACUAUGCGAAGAGAUUUUUGAAUUUCAUAAGCAAUGUAAUAUGCGUGAAGCCUGAAGUGGCUCCCAGUCAACAAGAAGAAGCGACAGUUCAGACAGAAUGA